AGAAAAAGAAUCAUGGACCUUGUUGUCAUUUAUUAAAAAAGUAAGGGUGAAAUUUAUUGGUAUAUAACCCUCAUCCAUGGACGCUCAAAACCCUUUUCACCACACUCUCGACCAUCUCCGUAACAACACCAAAUUUAAGAACAAGAAGUUAUGGCAUCAAAGUUGAAUGUCUUACGUUCAAAGGUAGCUGAAGCCUCAAAGUUUUUGUCCAAGAAUGGAAACACCUACUACAAACACACACUAGAGCAAAACAAGAAAUACAUUCAAGAUCCACCAACUAUAGAAAAAUGUCAGCAAUUAUCAAAUCAGCUACUUUACACUCGUCUUGCCAGUAUUCCAAGUCGCUAUGAUGCAUUCUGGAAAGAGCUUGAGUAUGUGAAGCAACUGGUAAAGACAAGGCAUGAGCUUAAAACUGAAGAUAUGGGAAUUGCUGCUCUUUUUGGGUUGGAAUGUUUUGCUUGGUAUUGUGCUGGAGAGAUUGUGGGAAGAGGAUUUACUAUUACCGGUUACUAUGUUUAAAUCAAUUUCCUGUAAUCAAGGUUAGCUUUUUUGCCUAUGCUUUGCUUUUUCAUGAUAUAAUAAGAUAAUCUACUUAGAAAUACAAUUUUUCAUGUGUUAUGUGACAACUUAGGGGCCAUAAUCAUUGCCCAAAUAAAUUCAAAAGAUUCUUACUUUAA